UGGAUAUGUUCACGUGGAGGGGGUAAAAGCAAUAAAAUAACCGAGGGUACCACGACGGGGGACUCUCAGUUGAUCCAUUGGUCUCGUAACGAAAGCAAGCAUGCACACGAUUCUACGAACUUUUCGCAAAAACAGACACGCACGUUUUGAAUGGACAAAUGGUCAUCCGGCUUCAAAAUGCGUCUCUUAUCGACCAAACAUCUUCACACGAUCGUAUCACAGCGAAAAUGGUGUUUAUGGAUAUAAACCAAAGACACAAAGACACUUUGAAGUACCAAAAGAAUACUUAGAAACACGAUCAAAGAAUAGCAAUUUUUACAGACUGGUUACCGCAUACAGAACACACGGUCACAAACAAGCGAACAUUGAUCCAGUUGCAACGAAAGUGCCAACACCUCUGGUUGAAUUAAAACCAGAAAGAUUUGGAUUAAAUUUGAACGACAAAGUUUCUUUCAGAGGUAUUCUAGCAACAGAGAAAGAGGAAGGAACAGUACAAGAAGCAUUGCAAUUUUUAAAUAAAACUUACAGUAGCUCGGUAGGACUGGAGUUUAGUUAUCUGGAGACCGAGGAAGAGAGAGAAUGGUUCGCGCAAACCGUAGAAAAAGAUUUGGCGAAUUCUCUGACGAAUGAAACGCGAAUUGCCAUCGCGAGAGAAAUGCUGAAGAGUCAAGCUUUCGAUCACUUCUUGGCCAUCAGGUUCGUGAGUCUUAAGAGAUAUGGUGGCGAAGGUGCUGAGAGUAUGAUGGCAUUCUUCCACGAGUUCUUCAAACUAUGCGCACACGAUGACUUGAAAUACAUCGUCCUCUGCAUGCCACAUCGUGGUCGACUGAAUUUUCUUACUGGUAUGCUGAAUUUCCCGCCAGAGAAAUUGUUUAGAAAAUUGCGAGGAUUUUCUGAAUUUCCGGAUAACGUGAUUACCUCCGGUGACGUGAUUAGCCACUUAGUCACUUCAACCGAUCUGACAAUCGGGGAAAAAAAGCUUCACGUAACGAUGCUGCGAAAUCCGUCGCAUUUAGAGGCGGUGAAUCCCGUCUCCAUGGGAAAAACUCGAGGAACCAUGCAAGCUGUUAAGGAUGGAGCCUACAGUGAAGAUGCAAAUGCAUGCUGGAGCGACAAAGUGUUGAACGUCCAAGUACACGGAGAUGCCGCUUAUGCCGCCCAAGGUGUCGAUCAAGAAUGCUUAGCCUUAUCCGCAGUUCCUCACUUUGAAAUUGGGGGAACUGUUCAUCUGGUAAUCAAUAAUCAACUAGGUUUCACCACUCCAGCCUCCAGAGGAAGAUCGUCGAGAUAUUGCACGGAUCUGGCAAAGAUGAUCUCUGCUCCGGUGAUUCACGUAAACGCCGACGAUCCUGAGAUGGUUGUUCGAGCGACCAGAGUAGCUUUCAAGUACCAACGAAAGUUCAGGAAGGACGUUUUCGUCGACUUGAACUGUUUUAGACGAUGGGGGCACAACGAAUUGGACGAUCCUGUCUUCACGAAUCCUAUUAUUUAUAAAAUUAUACACAAUCGUCCGUCCAUACCAGAUCGAUAUUUAAAGAAACUGAACGAGGCUAAUGUUCUUUCGAAGACAGAAGCUACCAGCAUCGUUGAAAAUCAUAGCGCUCGAUUGGAUCGAGCACUGAAAGAAGUCGACAGUUAUAUUCCACAGCCUGUCUACUUCACAGGCUUGUGGAGCGAAAUGCGAUCGGCUGAUGCGUCCGUGACACAGUGGGACACGGGUGUUGAUUUAAACCUAUUAAGCUUCAUUGCCAAAAAAAGUGUUCACGUUCAUGACGAGUUGACAAUACAUCCUCGGUUAGUGAAAAGUCACAUUCAAUCCCGAUUGAACAAAAUAGAGAGUGGUGAACGCUUGGACUGGACCACUGCUGAGGCACUUGCCAUUGGUAGUUUGUUAUAUCAAGGAUACAAUGUCAGAAUAAGUGGACAGGAUGUAGGCCGUGGUACAUUUUCACAGAGACACGCGAUGCUUGUUGAUCAGUCUACUGGAGACAUACAGAUUUCAUUAAACUCUAUGAUAGAGGGUCAAACAGGGAAGCUAGAGUUAGCCAACAGUAUUUUAUCAGAAGAGGCAGUGCUAGGAUAUGAAUAUGGUAUGAGUAUUGCUGUACCAACGACUUUGACCAUUUGGGAGGCACAGUUUGGUGAUUUUUUUAAUGGAGCACAGAUCGUUAUUGAUACCUUUGUAACCAGUGGAGAAACGAAAUGGAUGUUAAGCAGUGGUCUGACGAUGCUUUUACCUCAUGGCUACGACGGUGCUGGUCCUGAACACAGUUCUUGUAGAAUUGAAAGAUUUUUACAACUCACUGAUAGUCAGGAGAAUAAACCGGAUGGUGAUAACGUUAACAUGCACGUUACGAAUCCUACGACACCUGCUCAGUACUUUCACCUGUUAAGAAGACAAAUGGUAAGAAAUUUUCGCAAGCCUUUAAUAAUAGUAGCCCCGAAAAUAUUGUUACGUCAUGCCGCAGCCACGUCCUCGUUAGCGGAUAUGGGACCACAGACUAAGUUCGAGAACGUUAUUGGAGAUGACAAAGUGAAAGAAUCAGAAGUAACUAAGGUGAUUCUAGUAACUGGAAAACACUAUUACGCUCUUGAUGAAUACAGAGAUAGAACAGUACAGAAAAAUGUUGCAAUUAUUAGGCUAGAAAGCCUGUGCCCCUUUCCUGUUCAAGACUUAUUACAAGAGAUUGAUAAGUAUAAACAUGCAAAGAUUUUCAUAUGGAGUCAAGAAGAGCCGCAAAAUAUGGGAGCCUGGAGUUUUGUUAAAACUCGUUUUGAAAAUCUGUGUGGACGAUCAUUGAAAUAUUCGGGUCGCGUACCUAUGGCUGCACCAGCUGUGGGCGAAGGACAGCUGCAUCAACGAGAAGCUCAGGAAGUUAUCAUUAAACCAUUCACUAUGAAAUGAUGUUUAUAUUAUAUUACAUUUUACUCUGUUUUAUUUGUACACGUGAUUCAACUGUCCAAAAUCACACCUUACUUGCAAUUACAUCAUCACCGUAUACUAUAUUAUGAAAUAAACUAUUUACACAUCCUUGAGCAAUGA